GUGGCACAGCCUGAUGCCGUUCUUGAGCUCGGUGGCGGACAGCAUUCACCCUGGAUGGCCAGAGAUAAACGCGAGGUUUUGGCCGGCAUCAUCGCACGGGCCCUCCGCCUCAAGGUCGCCCACGACGGUUCUCCAACCCUCGUGGUGCCAUGGUCCGGUGAGAACCUGGCGAUUGUGGAUGAGGUUCAACCUGGAGAAACGACCAGACCUCGAAGGGAUAAGGUUCUGAAGUUCGCGAAGCGGAAGGGCCUUUCAAAGCUGGAAGUGUUUUCCACUCGGGUAACGGAUUUCGAGGUGAUUAUCACAGUAUUCGGGAAGACUGAUGCACCCUCAUCCGUCCCAGCGGUGACGGCCGAUGAUGAUGAUGCCGAAGACGAUGAGCGACCGUCGCUAACCUUCAACUUGUACUGCCCUAAGCUGACCGAGAGCGUCGACAUCGAUCUGCCUUACGCGAUGCAGAAAAUGAUGACUGGUCGGAGUAUAUUCCAAAUCCCCAAAGGUGAAGCUCGAUCCUCGGCGAUAAGGCGAACUGCACGAUUUCUAUGCGUAUCGCUACCACCUUCAUCAAAAGGCUUACAAGCAGAGUUUUUGUUUAAGGCCCAAAAGCCGUGGUUGGUGGCAUACAGUGAGCUGGAUACGUCUGACUGCCCUCCUUCCCAAAGACCCCGGGGGCAGCCGCUCAUCUUUGUUCCGGCGGAUACAGAUGGUGAUCUGAUCACAUCCAAGGGAAUUUCUCUUGGAGGUCUGAAGGUACUACUUAGCGUGUACACGAAAGAGAGGGGACGACCUGGUAAAGAGGGCCUGGUUUUCGAGAUUUACAAUCAAGAGACUUCCGCCACGGCCACGUUGCAUGUCUCAUCACAGCACCUUCUUCAUCAGGUAGACGACAAAGUGCAUUUGCUGGAAGACGGUCGGCUACUUGGAACAAUCUUCCUCUUGACCAAACGUCUACUCCUUAAGAAGUCGGCCGCUGGAGGGUGGGAUCUCUUCCUGGACAGGAAACUGGAGUCUUGCCUGUUCAUGGGCAUGUGACGCAAGGGAAUUUGUGAGGAUGGAAGCCGAAUGCUCCCAAGAUACCUAACUCUUUCGGGACCUAAGGUGUUGGGUGGUGCCGAGGCGCACUGCUAGUGUCUACCUCCAAUGACGGAGCGCUGGAGAUGUUAGCGGAGCGGAUAGGUUAAUAAUCCGUUUAAACGGGUUUUUAUCUGCCGGUUGGUGUGGCGUCGACUUUGCAUGUAAAAUAUUUGUGGGGAUAGAUGUUGGGAGUGGACCAUGUGGUGCCCAAAUGUCCUUUGAGACCUACCUAGCGAAUCGUCGUUCACUGUGUCGUCAUUUUUUUGU